UAAGACCGGCAUCCCCUAUUCCCCAACAGCCCAAGCCAUGGUGGAGAGGGCCUACCAGAGCCUGAAGAAGAUCUUAGAUUGGCAGCAAGUGGCUGUGAAGGUGGAGACCCCCCACAUCCGGUUGUCAAGAGCACUUUACACCCUCAACUUCCUCAAUUGCUCUUUUGACAACCCCAACCCUCCUGUGGUCCAGCACUUCGGCAGUCACCAGCAGCUGCAGCCUAAAGCCAGGCCGCCGGUCCUUAUCAAGGAUCCGGAGACCUGGCGGACGGAGGGGCCAUUUGACCUGGUGACCUGGGGGAGAGAAUACGCUUGCGUGUCCACUCCCUCAGGCCCCCACUGGAUACCCUCAAAAUGGGUCAGGCCCUUCGUCCCGAAGCAGGGGACGCAGAAAGGGGCUGUGCCACAGGUCCAGUACAUCUCCCUGAUGGCCCCCGCAUCGUCACCAACGGCUCCCAACCCGGGCAUUCUACUGCUACUGCUGUCAACCUACGGACUCCUGCUGCCAUCUUCGAAACCGUGGGUCAUCCCCCAGCCAAAGGUCAAUGUCUGGCGUGCCUUGGCUCAGUCUUUAGGACAAGACCACAUUUGCCUCGACACCAGCGCAGUAGAGGACCCGAUGUCGUCUUGUCUUGUGGGGAUCCCUUUCGCUCCAGGCGAGUUUCCCCCUGCCUUUCAGUCAGCCUUUUCCCCUAUUUUGGCCCGGAGCCUUAAUAUCCUCCCCAGUUUUGAUUCUAGUAACGCCUGGAGCGACGGAGUGUUUAGGCUGGAUCCUUUAGCCUCCGAGCCCACAGAAUUACAUCUUCUCGGUUCUGCCAACUCCUCUAUCUGUUUUCAGUUCGAUUAUACUUUAGCUCCUAUAAAGAAGGGCGUGGAGGUGGUCCAGCAAACUAAAAAAGAAUAUCAAGCGAAUCAGUGGUGCAGAGCCGUAUUAAAGAUCAGCGAGGAUUCUUACAUCAAGUGCAUCUUUGCAGUGCCACUGACACUCAAGUAA